UGCUAUCUCCCAACCAGAGCGGGCCGUUCCAGAGACGAGACAGGCGGAAAAAGACGGGAUUGGCCUGUCGCCUCCGCCAAUCAUCGCCCUAAGACCCAGAACCUCACCCCGCGGGGAAUGUAACUCAGAGCUCGGGAAGCGCCCGCGGGAGGAGACAUCUUCCUGGGAGAAGCGAAAGGAGCUGCUGCCUUUCGUCGUCUCUGCGACCUGCCCACCUGCUCUUUUUGCAAGGAUGAGGGGGCUGCUCCGAGGCUCCGUUUCCACCUGCAGGGUGAUUCUGACGGUCGCCAUCCUGUGCUGCUGCUGCCCUAACAGAGCAGCUUCUUCAGAUAACAAUCUUUUCACCAUCCGGCAUGAAAAGUCUAAUAAGUGCAUCCAAGUUAAAAGCCAGCACCUAAUAUUAGGAGAUUGUAAGGAGGCAGACGAGAGCUUAUGGACCUGGGUCUCUCAACAUCGCCUUUUUAAUUUGGGAUCCCAAAAGUGCCUUGGACUAGAGACUGUGAAGUCUACAAAUACCUUAAAAAUGUUUGCUUGUGACUCGGAUCUCAAUUUGUGGUGGCGCUGUGUAGGUGAUUCCAUCCUUUCCACAUCUCAGAACAAACUAGCAUUAAAGAAUGGAGUCCUCGCUGUAAGCCUAAACUCUUCUGAUGCUUGGAGGAGAAGCAAUUCCAGCGAUACGAUUUGUAAAUUUCCAUAUAGUGAAAGUUAUACCAGGGAUGGGAAUGCCUAUGGAAAACCUUGUGCAUUUCCUUUCUUACUUAAUAAUACAUGGUAUCAUGAUUGCAUUCACAAUGAGAGGUAUGCAGGAGGUAAAUGGUGUUCCACAACUACUUACUUCAAUCAAGAUGGACAAUGGGGCUUCUGCUUAAAAAGAGAGGAUGGCUGUCAAAAUACAUGGGAACAGUUUAAAGAUUCUGGAAAUUGUUAUCAGUUAAACACACAGGCCGCCCUUUCUUGGAAAGCAGCAUACCUCUCAUGUAAGAAGCAAGGGAGUGAUUUGGUCAGCAUCACAACUUCAUCCGAGUUAAAUUAUAUCCGAGCUAAAGAUGGUAUUGCAGAAAUAUUUUGGAUUGGAUUAAAUCAGUUGGAUGUUUCUGGAGGCUGGCAGUGGUCAGAUCAUACUCCAUUGAGCUUCGUGAACUGGAAUUCAGAGAUGCAGGAUAUAACUCCACUAGAGGGAAAUGAUUGUGCAGCUAUGAAUGCUGACACAGGUGACUGGAAGAGUUAUCCCUGUGAUACUCCACUUCCUUAUGUCUGCAAGAAACAAGUUAAUGACAGUCAACCAGAUUUCCCAGAUACUCCGAACAAUGUUGAGACUCAGUGUGAAUCUGGCUGGUAUGCGAACAAUGGAUUUUGCUAUAUGCUAAAGAACAACAUUGCUUCGUGGAAUGAUUCAUAUCAGUUAUGCAAUGAACUCAAUAGUAGCCUGAUCAGUAUACAUUCCUUAGCAGAUGUUGAAUUAGUUAUUACAAAACUCCAUAAUGAUACGAAAGACAAAAUAUGGAUAGGAUUAAUAAAUAAAGACAUUCCAGCCUUGUUUAAGUGGUCAGAUGAUUCCAAAGUAGUAUUUACAUACUGGGAUCAGAAUGAACCAAAGGUUUCCUUCAAAGACCUUCCAAAUUGUGUCUCCUAUUCCGGAAAGUUUGGCCGAUGGAACAUCCUACCUUGUAACAAUAAACUUAAGUUUGUGUGUAUGAAAAAAGGAAAAGUUUUAGAGGAACAAAAAUCUGAUAAAGAUUGUUCCCCAAGUAAGGAAUGGAAGAAACAUGGAGAUUAUUGCUAUAGGAUUGACAAGAAUGAAGUCUUCUUUGGAAGUGUUUGCAAUCUUACUAUAGCAAACAGAUUUGAACAAGAAUUUAUAAAUAAUUUAAUCAGAAUGGAUAAUAAAGUUGAAGAAAAGUACUUCUGGACUGGCUUGCAAGAUAUCAGCUCAUCAGGAGAGUAUAGAUGGGGAAGUGUGGAUGGAAAUAAUGACCUACUAACGUAUACAAAUUGGGGUUUCUUUCAACCAGAAUUCCGUGGAGGAUGUGUGGCAAUGUCAAGUGGAAGAUACCUUGGAAAGUGGGAAGUCAAGGAUUGCCAAACAUUUAAAGCUUACUCUAUUUGCAAGAAAUACAUUGGACCAAAGAGAGAAACAGAGAUAAUGCCGAAAAUCACUGACCCUUGCCCAAAAGGGUGGUCCAGGGGUUCAGGUUUUGCUUGUUAUAAGUUUUUUCAUAAGGAAAGAUUGCUGAGAACCAGAACUUGGGAAGAAGCUGAGAGAUUUUGUGAAGCUCUUGGAGGACAUCUUCCUAGUUUCAGCCACUCAGAAGACAUUAAGGAACUCCAUACAAUACUGAGGGAGAUCAUCAGUGAUGACAGAUGGGUCUGGAUUGGGCUAAAUAAGAGGAAGCCUGAUUUUCUGGGUUCAUGGCAAUGGAGUGAUGAUAAGCCGGUCUCGACUGUUGUUAUGCCCCUGGAAUUUAGAGAAGAUGACUAUGAGCUUCGAGACUGUGCAGCUAUCAAGACCCUUGGGCGAAAACGCGGACCAAUGUGGCAUAGUUACCUAUAUGGACCUAGAGAAGACGAUUUCUACUUAAAGCCUUUCCAUUGUGAUGUAAAACUUGAAUGGGUAUGCCAGAUCACUAAAGGUAGUACUCCAAAGACACCUGAAUGGUACAAACCAGAUGAAGAAGGAAUUCAUGGGCCAACAGUGAAUAUUGAUGGGUCAGAAUUCUGGUUCGUGGCAAAUAAGAAUCUGAGCUAUCAAGAAGCUUCCUUGUAUUGUUCUGAGAAUGGAAGUGACUUGGCUUAUGUGACCUCCUUCACUGCGCUGAAUGGAAUUCUAAACACAAUUUUAAAAUUAUCGGCCGAGAAUCAGAACUGGUGGUUCAAAUACAAAAUUCCAACAACUUACUACCGUUUGCCCUUUUUUUCACACUAUUUUGAACACAACCCCAGAAAAUGUUGGCACAUCUCUUAUCGAUCCUGGCUAAGAGGCAGUUCAUUAGACUGCAGCACAAAACUGCCUUUCAUUUGUGAGAAAUACAAUGCAUCAUUAUUGGAGACAAGAGAACCAGGCUAUAAACCACCUCAGAGAAGCUGCCCUGAAAAUUGGAUUUUUUCCCUAAAUAAGUGUUAUCGAAAGGUGACCCCUCAGAACCUGACAUUUAAAAAAGCAGAUGAAUAUUGUCAAUCGUUAGGAGGAUUCCUUCCUUCAAUCAAAAGCCAGACUGAACAAGACUUUAUAACAACCUUACUCCCCAAUCUGCCGCCAAGGAUUUGGAUUGGUUUACGUUCCCAAGUGCAUAUGCACGUAAGCAAGUGGAGUGAUGGCAGCGAUUUAGAUUAUGUCAAUUUCCAUCCUUUGCUUCAAGGAAGGCUAGGAAAAAUUCAGUUUGAUAUAUUUAAUGAGGAAGAGAGUAACCAGUGUGGUAUUUUGCUCAAUAAUCCCAAAGCUCAUCUAGGAACUUGGAAUUUUACUUCUUGUGCUGAUACUUUGCCUUUGGCCAUAUGUCAGAAGGAUCCAGAUCCUGUAGAAAACCAGACAGUACAAGUGCCUGAACUUACCAUGAAAUAUCUAAAUGUCACCUAUACCCUAAUUCUGAAGAAACUGACAUGGUUUGAUGCCCAGGAAGAAUGCCUGAAGAGCAAUAUGAGGCUGGUUAGCAUUACAGAACCAUAUCAACAGGCUUUUCUUGGUUCUCAGGUGGCUCUCCAUAAUUACCAGCUCUGGAUUGGGCUCUCUAGCUAUGAAGAUGGAAGACAUUAUCACUGGUCAGAUGAAAAAUACAUUAGUUUCAGUCGUUGGUCUGAAGAAGACAAAGAUUUGGUUGACGACUGUGUGUAUUUGGACACGGAUGGAUUUUGGAAAACAUCUGACUGUGAUGCAGAGAAACCAGGAGCAAUUUGCUACUCACCCGGAAAUGACACUGAAACCCAAGAAGCAUAUCAUGAAUCAAGUAAAUGUCCACACAAGGUUAAGAAUACACCAUGGAUAGCAUAUCGAAACAGUUGUUACACAUUUCUAAUACCACAAAAUAGAUGGGAAGGAUUGAAAGCAGUUCAAGCUAACCAUUUAUGCAUGAAAAUGAAUUCAAAUGCAUCACUUUUGAAUAUCAGGGAUGAAGAUGAAAAUGAUUUUAUUCUUGAACAGUUUCAGUCUUUCAGUGGUCUUGUUCGGUGGAUGUGGUUGGGUUUGAUUUAUGACACUGACGGUAACCAUCUGAAGUGGUAUGAUGACACAUACGUGUCAUAUAACAACUGGAGAAAUGGACGACCUAACAUCAAGAGUAAAUUCUUUCUUGCUGGCGUUAACCUGGAUGGCUUCUGGGACAUUUACGAUCAUUCGCAAAAUAAAUGGUUAUAUUGGCAAUUUGGUUUUCAUACCAUCCUGGUCUGCAAGCUAGACCUAGAGCCCAAAAUCCGCCAACCUCCGCUUCCUAAAAACCUGCCCUACAAAAACAAAGUUUACUGGAUUCUUCGGAAACAGCUCAAUUGGUAUGAUGCGUGGAAAGAAUGCAAACAGAAAGGAAGCGAUUUAGCCAGCAUUCACAGUACUUCCGAACAAGUCUUUCUGGAAGAUAUUAUAAAGCGUGAUGGAUUUCCAUUGUGGAUUGGUUUAUCUAAUCAUAAUGGAAAUGAUUCUGAUUUUGAGUGGUCUGACGGCAGCCGGUUUGACUACCAGCCUUGGGAAUAUCAACAUUCUCAUUCUUUUGGAAAUUGUUUUGCUGUGGACACUAAAGGAAUUUGGAAUCGCAGGAAAUGCACUUCUCGAGGUGAUGGUGCUAUCUGCUACUCUUCUUCAAACAAAGUGCAAUUAAAGCAAACUGAAACAUCAUCAAAGUGUCCAGACUCUCCUAAGGGAGCAUCACAAUGGCUAUACUACAAAGAAUAUUGCUACGCAUUUGAUAUGGCGUUUUAUAAUUAUUCCACAUAUACUGCAGACACAGCUAGGAAAGUUUGCAAGAAACUUGAUCCUUCUGCAGAUCUUCUGACUAUCAAGGAUGAAGAGGAGAAUAAAUUUGUGAGCGCACACUUGAAAGAAUAUUAUUUUAUUACUGGAAAAGUAUGGCUUGGAAUGCAAUUUAAUGCUAAGUCCUUGAACUGGUUUGAUGGCUUUGAGGCUAAAUAUACAAAUUGGGCCAAUGAAACUGAAAAGGCUAAUGGUCAGUGCAGUGUUAUCUUUUCAGCCAAUGGGACAUGGUCCAAAGCAGAUUGCAACAAUGAACCAAGCAGAGUUGUUUGCAAAACUUCUCAAGUCUCUCGUCAUUCAAGAGGGGCAAUAGCAGUGUGUGUUAUAAUUGUUAUAGCCCUCCUUGUUGGAUUAGCAUACUUCCUGUAUAGAAAGAUGCAACUCCGCUCAUCUGGACUGGCCUCUGUUCGCUAUGAGAGGGGAAUGCAUGACGAUGAAACUGACACCAUGUUUUCUAGAAAUGAUGACUGAUAACCAUUUUCUGCAUGGCAUACUGAAACCCAUUUUCAAAUCAGCUCCUGAGCAUCUUUCAAAGAUGCUAUAGACUUUCAUUCUUGGGGUUUACUGACACCUUCCCUUUUUUUCAAGUUUAGGGGCGAAAAAGGGAUCUUUAACAACAAUCAAACUUUGCACUUUUCGUGACCUGAGAUUUGCACGUGGCUUGAAGUAUAGUGCACGGAACGAUUCUGACAUUAGGAUAUUCUGUACCAUUUACCCAAAUGAAGUAAGAUAGCAGAGGGCCAGAGAAUUACUUGAAAUAUAACUUAUUGAAAAUAAAGUAUGUGAUAGCUUAUGGUGUUAAAAAUAUUAUAUUUUCAAAGUUAAAGAUUACUUUGAGUCAAGCUCAGCUUUUGAUUGCUAUGUGUAUGAUUUAUUUGGCAACAGAAUGAAGAGAUCUGGGAUUUCUCAUCCAAGCAUAAGCAGGUCCAAACUUGCUUACCAUUUCUGAGGUCACCAAGGUCAGUGAGAUAUUGCCAUCUGCUCUGAUCCUUUUUAUUAUCCUUCAGAACUUUUGGGGCCAUUCUGAUUUUCAAUAAAAGCUCUCAAAGAUUCCUUCUGUCUUUAAAACAAAUGUAUUAAGAAUUACAGUUUUUUAAACAGAUAAAACUACAGACAAACGUGUAUGUAUAGAUAUAUAGAGAGAAAAAGAAAACCAAACAGUGUAGAAAAAAAAUCUUCUCCCUCCAAAAAAUAGUAAAACUUCUCCUUUCAUACCCAAUAAACUUAUUCAAAUUGACAAUUUAUUGCUGUCUUUUAAAUUACAAUCAGCUACAUCUUCAUUCCAUACCUCAUCCCAUUUUCUAUAAACUUGUUUUUAAAUUUUCAGCUUCCCUUAUUAAUCAACAAAAGUCCAGUAAAAAUUAACAAAAAUACCUAAGGACAUGAGUAUAUAAUCCCCCUUUCUAUUUAGCCUAAAUCUCCCGCAGCCCUCUUAUGUAUUACAAAGAUAAGAAUAAUAAAAUUGAAAGCUGUUAAACUUUAUCAGAAAUAUUAAAUCUUUAUUUAGAUUUCCAAAAAUGGUAAUGUAUUUUAAUCAGUCAAAUAAAACAAUUUUGUAUUUUUUUCUUUUGUCCUCCCAGUUAUCUCUGAAUCCCAUAAAGUUCGAGCUCCUGUUUUCCUGUAGUCUGUCUCUCUCCCUCUCCCUCUCCCUCUCCCUCUCUCUCUUUGAGUUGUAAUUUUUAGGUCCAGCUUAAACUUCUUUUCAGUUGUCUUCAAAAGAGUUCAUCUUCAAUAACAUUAUUUCCAGGAAAGAAUUAAAGCAGCUCAAGCUCUUCAGAACCUAUAGAUCAAAAACUCCUUUUAAAGUAGCCAUCAUGUACUUGUUUUGUUUUAAAAUGUAAACAACUCAGAUUUUUCCCCACAUGAGGUCUUUCUAAUUAGUUUUGAAAUCUUUCUUUCUUAAAUUAAUUUAAAGCCUUAGCCAUUAAAACUUUUUCAAAACAACUCUAAAAUCAUUGCUUCAGUGUAUAUUGUAAAAAGUUACCAAAAAAAACUGUAGAAGACUUACAAAGCUGAAAAAAACAUUGUUUUAAACAGACUGAAAGGACAUUUACCCAACAACUAGCAUAGUAGUCUUUGUAGUUCUGAAGUAUUUUCAAUCUUAAAAGAGGCUGUAAAAACUCCAGUGUGAUUAAAAACAUGAGGUUUGAUCAAGCCUUGAGUCCUUAAAGGUUUCAUUUGAAGCUCAAAGGAGGGUAGAAACCAGAACUCCCAGCUGUUUGCAAGCAGCUGCGAAAACAACAGUUUCUACAGAAUUCAGCUGACUGAAAUACAUAUGGGAAAUCUCCAGAUCUCUCUCUCUCUUCUGGAGAAAAUUUUGACAGUCUAGGUCUUGCAUCUAAGUGCCUUUUUGACCCAAAUGCCACUGCAUCCACCUAGAGUAGAUAAGAUUGCAGGUAUUGGCUUGCCUUGCUGCAUCAGAAACCCCAGAGUUCUUCAUCUUGAUCAAAGUAACAAAUUCAAUUUGUAUUCAUUUACUGUAUUAACUUUUAAAGCUUGACUCUUAUAUUUUUUGUAGCUACUACAAAAGAAUAGCAACAAGUUAUUGUCAGAUUUUAUUUUUCUUAGAUUUUUCUCCUGGGUUUGCCGUAUACACUGGAACAGGUUAACCUCAGUUCAAGGGCUAAAUGAAAGUUUUGGAACCCUACUGUCCAUUUGCUAUCCCAGAUUCACGAAUGAAACUGUUUAUUAUUAUUAUUAUUAUUUAUGUUAAGACUUAAUGUUUUUCAAAAGAGGUACUAAGUAUUUUCUUUAUUUGUAUUCGAAAUACAUUGACUGUAAUCUAAAGUCUUAUUUUCAUAGUCAGAGAAUGCUUUACUCGUGCUUAAACUGGAGCAUCCAUAAUGUUUUGUUCUGGUCUGAUUCCAUAGCACUGUAUUGGUGAUUUCUCCUAGCCAUUCAUGCCAUCAACUUCCUCUUCCUCAUUCUUUGUUGUGGAUGGAUUUUUCUGAUGGUAUUUGUAACAUGGAACAAUUCAAUACAGAGUAAACACGAUAUUUUUUCAGACCUUAAUAAACUUUGGAAAAGUUACGUUAUAAAAACCUUCUGAUUUCAAUAGCGUUUCCAAAGAGGUAGUUCAGCUGACUUUAAAGCCAAAGCAUUUCAUGGCAUUAGAAAGACUAGUAAAAUUUGUUAGCCUUUAAGGUGCCACAAACACAUUCAAUUUUAUGAUUUGAUUUGUAGCAUUUCUUAAAACAUUUCCUUUAAUGAAACUCACCAGAGAGAUAAUUAACAUCCACUUUUGAAACCUCAGAGGAACGCCAUCAGAGGUUAGAGGGGAAAAUAUUGGUUUAUUGCUAAGUUAGCACUUUUACUGCUAAGUUAGCUCUUUUAAAAGAUAGUGAAUAUGCAUCUCUGGAAUUACUGAUACCUUCUUUAAAAAAAAAGAUCAAGCAUGUUUCCUAUUUCAUAUACAAGAGGAAAUGCACUCCACAGCAUUUAUUAAACAAAUGCUACAUGUGCCCUUUAUGAAAAUAAGGAUGUUUUGUGUGCCUUCUAGAAUUCUAUAUUCUAUGGUUCCAGUGUAAUGGAUGUACAGUUUUAUGCACAAAGAUGGCCCUUGUAGCAAAACAUAAACCCAAGCCUACAACUUAUUCCUUUCGAAUUCCUUUUUUCAAGACAUCCUGUGUGGUCUUUAUAAACAUGUGCGUAAAUACAUCCUUUUCUCUAGAAGUGAACAUUUGCUUUUAAUUUUUUUAAGGUUUAUAGUUUUAACAUGUUUUUAUGUUAUUUUAUUAUUACUGAUAAUGUUUUAAUUCUUGAUUGAGAGCAGCCCAGAUUUUGUUGUAAGACAGGUGGUUAUAUAAAUGUUUUGAAAUUGGACAGAAAGCCAUCUUUUCUGCAGUUAAUUGCACUGCUUUCUGUAUGUUCAUUUCUGCACUUGACUUUUAACGAUUGGAGGGUAUUUUACUAUGAUUUUUCCAGGGAUGUCACCACAAUGUGUGUGAGGACCUAAUAAAGAAAAGAGAUAGUUUGCACUAAAGAAGUGAUGGCUGUUCUUUUUUUAUAUAUAUACCAUUUGUAAAAGAAAUGCCUGGAUGCUUGUAUCUGCUUGGUGUCAGGAGUCAAAGGGACAUGAACCCUAACCUAAAACUAGAGAUAGGAGAAGUGCAUUAAGGAGAAAUAGGCCAGUGACCCUGCUCUUGUUGCAGUUUUUCAUAGAUAAAGCAUUAUCCUUGUGCAAGGGCACUCCAGAUAGCUUUUCUAGUUUCUGCUAGCUGAACUCGGAAUGAGUAGUCUGCCAAAUAUUGUACCUUGAGGACGUGGGGAUUGAUGUAACUUUGCAACAAGAGCCAUUUUAAGGAACUACAUUGAAGAAAAUCGGUACCAAAAGUGCUGAAAUGCCUGUGAUGUAGUUCUUAAAUUAACAGCCAAGUUCAGCCUGCUAAAUAAGAGUGAUAUGUAGAUACCUUAGGCUGUGUAAGGAAGCCUUGUUCAGAAAACCAAAAUGCCUUUAUCAAAGUUUAUAGCUGACAACAACUUUUGUAUACUGUUUAAUCAACUUGCCAAGGAGGUAGUUGUUAAUGUCAUCUUCUGCCAGACCACGUCAGCCGCUAAAUAGCAGGACUGAAAAAGAGUCCCCAUAACAAACCCCUGCAAAUCACACAAAGGCAGGCCACUUACCCUAUGUUAAGAUCAUAUUUUCACAAGACUUGAUUAUCAUGGUCAAGAGAUAAAGAGCACAAGAUAAAGAGUUUAAAAGCAAGUAAUGUUUUUGUGUAUGUUUGUGAUGUUCUGUUUAAUAAGUUUGUGCAACCCUACUGACACAAGGUUAUUUUGCACUCACGGGUUAUUUUAAUGUGAAUCUAUACAUAGAAUAGGGCUAUUCAAUCAUUCAGCAUAGAAAUAAACAUGAACAAAAUAUUCCACUGUUUCUAUGAAGGAUUUACAAUCUAAAACUUAUAUUGUAAAUGGUUUUAAUUCUGCUUGAUUUUUUUUUCCAUACAAAAAUAUACUUGGACAAAUGGGAAAAAAAUAUGUGGACUAAUACAGAUGCCUUAAUGUAUCUAAUUAGCUCUCUUGUAGGGAGUUUGCAAUGAAGCUUACCUGUGGUGGUGAUACCAAAAGAAACAAGAUUUAUAAAAAGCUUCAAUAAUUGCUAGAUUUGGAAGUGUAAGAAAAUUACAUUGAUUCAGUUCUUCUCUCAUUAAAAUAUUUUUUAUGCUUCAUUAUUUUUUAAAAAAUAUUGAUGUUAAUAAAGCUGUUUAAAAAUUCA